GUGAAAGGCACCUUGCUCGGGGAGCUGCGGCAGAAGGUGGAGGAGACAGAAAUGCUGAAGAUGGAGCUGCAGAUGUUGGAGACAGAGAGGACUCGGCUGUCCCUGGGGGAAGAGAAGCUCAUGGAUGUUCUGCAGCUUCUCCAGCAGCUCCCAGCCUUGGUGCGGAUGGAGCUGCUGGCCGCGCUGGGCUGUGCCCUGCUGCUGCCCGCCGUGCUGGGGCAGGACUGCCCCUCGCCGUGCAGGUGCUGGUCCCUGGCGGAGCCGGGAGGGAUGCUGGAGCCGGGAGGGAUGCUGGAGCCGGGAGGGAUGCUGGAGCCCGAGGCGAUGCUGGAGCCCGACGCGAUGCUGGAGCCGGGGGCGAUGCUGGAGCCGGGGGCGAUGCUGGUGGACUGCAGCUCCCGGGGGCUGCGCUCCGUGCCCGCCCUGCCCCGCCGCGCCCGCAGCCUGCGCCUGCACAACAACAGCCUGGCCUCCAUCCCCGCCGGGGCCCUGGACAGCCUGCGGCACCUGCGGCACCUGCAGCUCGGCGACAACCCCUGGCACUGUGACUGUCACAUCCUCUACCUCAAGCUGUGGCUCCAGGAUUUCUCGGCGCCCGCUCUCGCCGGGCUCAGGUGCGCCAGCCCCGCUCACCUGCACGCCAAGCCCCUGGCGCAGCUGAGCGGCGGGGACCUGGGUGUGUGCACCAGGCUGCUCCCGACACAGUGCCUCCAGUUCUUCUGGAGAGACCUCAUCCUCAUUGCUGGAGCCGUCAUUACCCUUCUUCUGGCGGCCUGGGCGCUGAAGUUCUCCAGGAGGCUGGUGUGCCGGCUCACGCUCGGCGGCCGGCGGCGGAGGAGCAGCGUCCCCAAAACGCGCAAGACACAGUGA